AUGGAAGUUCAGGGGCCUUUUGAUAACAAAGAAGAUACCACACAAAAUGAGAAGAAGAAAAAAAUCGGGGGAGGUAGUAUUAAGCAGUCAGCAUAUAAGGGUAAAGGUCCUCCACUAAAUCCAGAAGUUGAAAAAGCUGUGGAUAAGUUUGUAAAACACGCUACAGAAUCUGGAGGAUUUUGGGAUAUUAGUCGCGAUGCACAUUCAGGAAUCGAUGCGCUUCGUGAAGAAAGCCGUGUGGUGCUGGAAUUCCAACCAGCUCCAGGUACCUGCACAAAGUUCUCUUCAAUGCCGGAUAAAAAUCGAUUUCCGGAAAUUCAGUGCCUUGAUGAAACGCGUGUAAUACUUGAAGAGACUGAACCAGCAAUCAACACUUACAUUCAUGCAAGUCGAGUGAAAUUAGAGAAAUCUGAUCGAUCAUAUAUCCUAACCCAAGGACCUAAAGAAAACACUAUAGAAGAUUUUUGGCGCAUGAUUUUCCAGGAGCAGUGUGCUGGAGUGAUUAUGUUGUGUAACUACUAUGAAGACGGUAUGCAGAAGUGUGAUGAAUAUUUUCCAACAGAGAAUGGUGGCUAUAAGUACUAUGGGAAAAUGUUUGUCAAUAACAAAAAGGUAAGGAUAGGUGAAUUGUGUUAUAGUUUACUUUGAGU